GUAACUAAAUGUUCACCGUCGAUUGCAGCAGGAUAGAAGGUCUGGCAGAGAUGAACCAGUUUUGACGCCAAAACAGUUCCUCUAAUGGAAGUAAAAUGGUUCUUCCAUUUGAAAGACAGCCACUCUUGCACAAGAGAUACGCCGCUCUUUCUUCCCCUGAUUUGACGCGCUUCAACUCCGACAAACACGACGACUCGGGGAAGGGAGACGAAUAUGCGAAUUUUCUCAAGUCAUUGGCAAUUGGAGAAAGACAAGAUGUUGGGACAACUAGACCAAAACCAAAGCAAGGUCACUCGUCCCCAUCAAGCAAAGAUCCCAAGCAGGUUAAGAGAUCAGGGGGGAGUUCUGUGUCACCACAGAGAAGCGAGGGCCUGCUGCAUGUUACACUAACUGCUAAACACAAUGUGCAACAACACAAGAAGAAAAUGAGAGUGAUUGAGGAUCAUAUGCUGCAACAUAAACAAGAGGAGAGGGAACUGAAGCGAUAUGAAGGAGACAUUGUAAAGAAACAACACCACUUAAGAAGGACCAUGGCAGAAUAUGAAAACAGUAUUUAUAAAAAGAUGAGGGGUGAAGAAAGUAGACUCAGUGAGAACAACCAAGGCAUUGAGAAGGUUAAACAGCAACAUUAUAUCCAAGAAGACAAGGUUAACAAAGCGAGGAUAGAGAGAAACAUGUCUGGUCUUGUCAAGUUUAAAGACAAAGACAGGAAAGAUGUCUUAAACAUGGGCGAAGCUGAAUUUCAGUAUUGCAAGACUGCCAAGCAAUUGGACUUGACUCGAUCAGAGAUUUUUGCGCUAACACAGCAGUUUGAAGAGGACUUAAAAAGAAUAGAGGAGAAAGGAUAUGCAUUGAAGAAGAGUCUAGCUGACCUAGCUAUUGCUGCAAAUAAGAUAGCACUCAAAAAGAGAUCACAAGAAAUAGACGAUCAGCGAUAUUGGAAAGACACAAGUAUCAAAGAUAUUCAGGAUGACAGACGGCGCAAGCAAAGCUUGACAGAGAAACUCAAAGGGAUAUCAAACCAAGGACUUAAACAUGAAUACGGCAAGCGACGGUUGAGUAGAGACUUGAUGGUAUCUAAGGACAUGUUGUCUUUGAAGACAAGAGAAGAGGGCCGAAAAAUGACAGAUAUAAAUCGCAGGUUACAACACAAUUCAGUGAGCCAGAAGCAAGCUAAACAGGCGGCAGAGUAUCUUGAACUUGAUCGUCAAGGGAAGGAGAUUGAAGAGCGAGGACAGUUUGCCGAGGCUCGAAGAAACCAGCAGAUUGAGCAGCUGACUAAGGACAGGAAGCAUCAACAUGUCCAUCAAAUGGUGGAGUGGAAGAAGCGCUAUCUAGAAAAGCAAAAUGAAACCACUCGACGUGCGCACGAGGACAGUCUAAAGCAUUUACAGAAAGUUGUAAACAAGAUGGAGGAGACUGAGCAUGCGCUUUACAACCGUGUACGAGCCGCCGAAAUGCAGCGACGAAAGCAGGAACAAGAUGUACAGAGAAUCUUCAACGACCUGGAAUCACUGACGAAAGAAAACCAAAAACGAAUGAGGGAAACCCAAGAACAGUAUAAUCGAAAAAAAGUUGAUUUAGAACAGAAGCUUUUACGAGAGAAAGCUGAGCUGGCAAAGGCUCACCAUCAACGCGAAGAAAGCAUCCAGAGGCUGUUACAUCACAGAUCAAGGAUGAAUGGAGACAGAUACAUGCUGUCAGAGGAAGAACGGGAGCAUGACCGUCUAUCAAGGAUUGGCCAGAAAACAGAUCAUUUGGAACAAGAAGUUCAAUCUUGACCACCGUGAUAUGUGACGUCAUCUCCAGGCGCAAAAUUGUUCUGCGUGUGAACGUGUUUUUAUGGUGGUUGUUGUUUUUGUUGUUACUGUUGUUGUGUUUGUGAGUGUGAAACUUUUUACUCUUUCCUCUAGUUCUUUUAAGCCAAGCUGAAAAGCUUUCCAAAAUCAUUCAACGUAUCUUUCAUUUUCAGGAUAAUUUUAAUUUUUCGAUACGUCCUGGCUUGAAUGGUCAAUUCAAACCGAGUCAUUUACUUACUGAGUUGUAAAAUAACAGAAAAAAAGACAACGUCCUCUGUCAUAACCUCGUGGGACGUACCACCCUACCACCAAGCUCCAAGCUACAAUUCCCCCGUCCCACCCCCUAGAAAAGGUGUUAUCUCGCGCAUGUUGCGAGUAACGACCAACGAUCUUGCUGACAACUUAACAAAUGAUCUUUCAAGGAUCUGUUUACGAUAUACCCUGUAUUAAGUAGGUUUUGGGUGUUCACAAAUUGCCGAUAUCUUUUGUGGUUUUCAGUUUGAUGUCAGUUGUUCUGGACCUUAAUACCUUAGAUGUACGCAAUCCAGUUCAACGGACAACAAACUGGCAAUCUUCUUGCAAAUAUUUUCCGUCCUCUAUUUGUUUCUGCAAUUCGUCCUUGAACUUCAAUUUUGAGAUCACUAACGUAGACGAAUGCGAGAUAUUCCGGUGGCUUGAUUUAUAGAGCGGCAAAGCGUUUUUUUUUCUCAUGUACGAAGCAAGUAGAUUUUUCUACAAAGCAUCUUUUGGCAUUAUUUCUUAUAUCAAUGUACAAUUAGUAGCAUUGUUUUGCAAAAUCUGUUAGGUAGGUACUUGAUAAUUUAUUACUAUAUGAGACCUCCUUAUCCAUUUUUCCUUUUUCCUUGACUACGCUACACUGUUGCUACCGACUAUUUUAAGGUUUUCAUCUAAGCUUUUUACCCUACGUUAGUGUUAAGGUGUGUAUCCAAAUGGCCUAGGCAAAUAUCAACUUAAUAUAUCAUGGUCGCAUCAGGUAAGCUUGAAUUGCUAACGUAUAUAUCAUUGCACUUACUCAGGGAAAAUAUAUUUUCUGUUUCACUACCAGCCUACUGUAUAUACGCUUCAGGAGACGUAGAUUUCAACUAUUUAGAAAAUAUUUCAUAGCAUACACUUUAUCUCGCUAUGUUAUCGCAGAGUAAAAAAAAUUCAUUCGAGAACACAACUGUCUCAUUUAGUAUGUUGUUUCUAGAAUUUGUUUGCUUUUCCGUUGUUGUUGUUUUGUCUUUUGCUCUUGUCUUUUGUUUGUUUGUUUGUUUGUUUGUUUGCCUGCAUUGGCCACUUCUUGGACUUAGCAACCAAACUUUCUUUGAACUUUCGGGGAACUGAAUGUCACUUUAUAAGAUGACCUGUUUUCUUUGCCCGUCAUUACUUCUUUGUUCUAAUUUCCUUUCAUUUAGUCGUAAUCUACGUCCCCUUAGUCACGCUGCUGAAUGGAAUCAAUUCAGGGAAAUAAAGGGUAGAUUGAGGGUUUAAGACUCGGCCAAAUGAUCGCAAGAUUUUGAAUACAACAUAUCGCAACGUUGUUGGGCGCAACAUGUUACGCGCGUUGGGCCACCCUGUUGCGACGUGUUGUUUCACGUUGGGUAUUGAAAAUCG